AUGAAAACCUUCGUAAACCUUUGUGACGCUGACUAUGCAUGCACCAUACGGAACUGGAACCCAAGUGAGAAAGGAACGUUUGUUUUGGACCACAUCCCGAACACUCACGGGUCGUUGGAGAUGUACAAUCUAUUAGUGACGUCAAGUGUAGUUGUUUUCUUGUGUUCUACUCUAUUUCGAAAAUCCGUGGGACUAAAUCUAAAAUGUGACGCUGACUAUAUCUGUGAAAUUAGGAACUGGAACCCAAGUGAGGAAAAAACGUUCGUUUUGCGCCAUAUUCCAAACACGCACGGAUCGUUGGAGCUGUACAAUCUUUUGGUAACGUCGACUACCAGCAAGCUGUUCGACAUCUUCGAAAGGUCACGGAAAGGAAUAACGAUCUCACUCAAUGUGCUAAUGUCCCCGAUACACAAUUUCGUGUUGGAGAAUGGUGCAACGUUUGAUACACUGGCGUUCGAAAACACAUACCUCAGCUCGAUACUGUUCGGGAAGAAUUGUAGCCUAGCGCAUCUGAGGAUAAUAUACAGCAAACUGUCCCAUCUGCCCAAUUCCAUACAAGAACUCAACGAAUUGAAGACACUCACAAUCAGCCACUCGCUUAUUCUAGCGGUCAAUUUGAACGUUAUUGGCAAUUUACCAAAGCUGACGAUGUUAGAUCUGACCAGAAACAGAAUACACUCUCUGUACUGUACGGCAGAGAAUGCCUCAUUUCCGACGCUGGCCUAUGUGCACUUACGAGAAAACAUGCUCAGAAGCAUCAACAUGAACAUCUUCAACGGGAUGAAGUACCUCGAAAAUAUCGACCUAACACACAAUCUCAUCAGUGUUGUGUCGGGAACAUUAGUGUCCAGCAGUUUGAAACUACUCGAUCUUUCGUACAACAAACUGCUCAAGAUGGACUGUUGUAAGUGGAAUGUUCCAAAUGUUCACAAGCUAAUAGCCAACGACAAUCUCUUUCUCUCAUUGCCAAGAUGCAUAGAGCAGGCGUUCGUGAAUGUUUUUCACUUGAAUUUUGACAACAAUCAGCUCGAUCCGGAUGAGCUAUUCGCAUUCGGAAGAUUUAAGAAUUUGAUGUCUUUGUCAUUAAAAAACAACAAACUCACGAACUUCGUACUGAACGAGACUACUAUCCCAAUGAAAAUGACCGUUUUGAAUUUGAGUAUCAACAAACUUAGACGCUUGCAAAUACCGUAUCUUCCUAAUAAGGAUAUCUACAUAGACAUUUCCUGGAACUGCAUCAGCAAUGUAGAUUGGGACAAAAUUUCCACAAAUCUCACGAAGCUGGAAAUGACCGGAAAUCCAUUAGACUGCACUUUUGGUAAUACAUUUAGCUUCAAUAGCAGAGCAAAUCAUUCGUGCAUAGAAAACAAUAACCACAUUUGUGAUUAA